AUGCCCUACCAAGUAUUACCCGGUCUUGUGGUUAUUUCCGUCGCCUUCUCGCUCAUGGGCGUGGGUUUUAGUGCUGUCAACAAAUGGCAAGCCCGUAACAAUAUGCAGAGCAAGUUGGAGCUGUUGACGGACUGGGACCGUAUGAUGGACGAACGAGACCGAAAACUAGCGGCGAGGGUAGCGGCAUUCAAUGCAAAGCAAUAG